AUGUCCACGGUGAACAGCGGCUCCGCUGGCUGUCGGGCCAUUGUAAUGGCUGGAAAGUACCUGUCGAGUAAACGGAGCUCCGGCCAGCCGCAGCGCUGGGUGUUUGCCCCGCAACGCCGCCUGUUGAGCUCCAUGGGGGCGGGAGCCGCGGCUUCUGGUCAGCUGGAGAACCUGGGGUAUUUCUCCACCGCGGACCGACACGCUUUCGCCAACAAGAGUUUGAUUUACAGGGAUGUUAGGGCUUUUCUAAGUGAAGUUGGAGGAGAUCCUCGGGAGGCUCGUUACUGGCUGACUCAAUUCCAGAGAGCGACUUCGACCCAGUGUCCUGCCUUUGCUGUGCUUGAGGUAAACGGCUCAGCUCUCCACAGCAGGGAAAGGGUUCAGAGCCUUGCUUUCGGACUGUCCUUCCUUCAGCGCAUGGAUAUGAAGCCUGUUGUAGUGAUGGGCCAAAUUGAGCACCUGGAAAAAGUGUCUGCAGAACCUGUUACAGGAUCCUGUUGUAUCAGAGAGGUUGUGGAGUGGUGCCAGCAGUUGAUGGAGGCUCUGCAGCAGCACUCGGCCACUGUCCUGCCGUUCUUUUCCGCGGAGUCCAUCCUCCAACUGCAUCAAGCGCCUCAAGGAAGCAGUGCUCACCCCUAUAUUGCCGUUGACACAAGCCUCCUCCAGUGGAGUCUAGACUGUGGAACAAUACCAUUAGUUUGUCCGGUGGGAAGGGACUGGCGAGGCUACUCAGUAACUCUGGACCCAACAGAGGUUACAGCUGCCAUUUCACGCGCCUUGCAGCCCCACAAAGUAAUUUUUCUGAACAACUCAGGAGGUCUACAGAGCCCAAAUCACAAGGUGCUAGGAACAGUGUCAUUGCCCACUGACUUACCCAGUCUGUCCGUGGCACCGUGGUUGAGUGCAGCAGAGCGCCGCAGAGUGACCACCAUCGCCAGACUGCUCAAUCAGCUGCCAGUAGAUUCCUCUGCUGUGAUCACCUCAGCAGGCACUUUACUCACUGAGUUAUUCAGUCACAGGGGUUCUGGGACACUUUUUAAGAAUGGAGACCCCAUACACCGGCACAGCUCUCUGGAUGAGAUUGAUGGGGACCGUCUGCUGGCACUCAUCAACAAGUCAUUCGAUAAAACUCUGAGGCAGGAUUAUAUCGACUCUCUGAAAGGACGGCUGCACUCCAUCUACCUCUCUGAAGGCUACAGCGCGGCAGCCAUCAUCACCAUGGAGUCAGUUAACGGUGGCACGCCCUACCUUGACAAGUUUGUGGUGAGCAGCAAUAAGCAGGGUCAGGGAACCAGUCAAAUCCUGUGGGAGUGUAUCAGACAAGACCUGGGUAAAUUGUUCUGGAGGUCAAAAGCCACAAACAAGAUCAACCCAUGGUAUUUUAAGCAUUGUGACGGAAGCUUUGUAAAGGGAGUAUGGACUGUUUUCUGGUUUGGCCUGACGGACAUAAGAGAUUCAUAUAUGCUGGUGGAGCAUGCCACGAACCUCCCUGACUCAUUUCAAAGCCCUCAUCUUACCUCCACAGAUCAAACUUCUUUGUCUGCCGCAGGAUCUUGA